AUGACAAUUUUGGGUGUCUACAAUGUCAAUCUUCACUCUCCGGUUAUGGAGACUGGCACGUUGAGGGAGAUGGGAGGGCAGAUCUACUCCUCGACAGGUAUUGAGCUAGAAGAUGGAGAAACUGAAACCUCCGCCUUGGAGGGGGAGGAAGACUUUGAACUGGACUCAGAUCUUAUACUGGAGGGUACUCCAAAAGGUUUUGGUAAAUUGGAUUCAACUAUUGAUAAACCUAAUUUUAAUCCAAAAGGUGUGCGGGAGCGUAAGUCCAAAAAAGUUAUGCUUGCAGUGGCUGGGGAUGAUAAGUAUUGGCAACACUGCUCGGUUACCAUUCUUGGACGGAAUGAGAAUUUCAAUCUUUUCAAUGUGUACAAACCAUCUACUGUCGGUGAAAAACGGGCUCUCUGGGAUCUCUUAUCCAGCAAACUAAACAAUAUUACCAAUGGUACUUGCGUGGUAGCCAGGGACUUCAAUGCUAUCCUCUCUAGCACUGAGAAAAGUGGGGGUAUUCAGAGAACCAGUACGUCCCAGAAGGAAUGUUUGGAUUUUGUUGAGCAGAAUCACCUUUUAGACAUUGUUCCAAAAAAUGGUAUUUUCACAUGGACAAACUGGAGAACAGUUUUUACUAAUAUUGUUGAACGGCUUGACCAGUUUCUUAUCUCUAGAAAUCCGGGUCAAAGUGGAGUUGGUUGUAUUCUGAGGGACUCUGAUGGUCUCUGUUUAAAAGAAAUCUCUAAAAAUAUUGGUGUGGCCACUAAUAAUGAAGCAGAAUUCAGAGCGGCUUUUAGAGAUCUUCAGUUAGGGAAGGAGCUAGGGGUGCAGAUAAUUCAUUUGGAGGGAGACUCAUUAAAUGUUAUUAAUGUGAUUUGCUGUAAUAGCAUCCCUGGUUGGCGUAUUAACGAGUGGCUUCAACUGAUCCUGGCACUGCUAGCUACCUUUGAGGAAUUUCAGUGGAAGCCUCUGCAAGUGAAAAAAUCCUUUGAAGCCCAAGGAAUCAGGGGUCCUCCAUACAGGCUAUUCUAUGGGAACUCUCCAGAUAUAUCCAGAAUGAUCAAUGAGCAGAAGUCCAAACCCAUGCCACUCUCACAUGACAUACUUCCUCGAGUUCUUCCCUAUUAUCAUCAGUGGAGCAAAACCUAUGGUCAGGAUUUUAUUUUUUGGUUUGGGCCGAUUGCCAGGUUGGUUGUUCCCCACCCUGAGCUUAUUAAGGAGAUAUUGUCAACUAAAUUUGGCAGCUAUACAAAACCUCGAUCUAAUCCCCUUUUGAGACAACUGGUUGGACAGGGACUUACGGGUUUGACAGGCGAGAAAUGGGCUCAGCACAGGAAAAUCAUCAAUCCCGCUUUCCAUAUGGAUCUCUUGAAGGGUAUGAUCCCAACAAUCGCUAAAAGCAGUGCCAAUAUGUUGGAUGAAUGGUGUAAAUUGAUAUUGUCAGGUGCAUCCGAAAUUGAAGUGCUGAAGGAGUUCCGUGAUCUCACGGCAGAUAUUAUUGCCCGCACAGCGUUUGGUAGCAGUUUUAGAGAGGGAAAGAAAAUCUUUGAUAUGCAGGAAAAACAGAUGAUUCUUACAUCUGAAUUAUUUCGCAGUGUUUAUAUUCCAGGUUUCAGGUUUCUGCCUACUACAAAGAAUGGACAACUUUGGAAUGUGGAGAAAGAAAUAAGAAAAUGUGUAAGACAAGUUAUAGAUGCCAGGGAAAAGACUGCUGGAAUGGAAAAAACAGGUAGCUAUGGUGCCGAUCUACUUGGUUUAAUGAUGUCUGAGAGCAAGAAGCAGAUGGGAGUCAAUUUAAAAAGUAAUGCAAGCCUGACUACAGAGGAAAUCAUUGAUGAAUGUAAGACUUUCUACUUUGCCGGUCAUGAAACAACGUCAGUACUCUUGACAUGGACCAUAGUAUUGCUGGGCAUACAUCAAGAUUGGCAAGAGCAAGGUCGCAAAGAGGUGAGGGAAGUGUGUGGGAGAAACAAUUAUCCAAAUGCAGACAGCUUAAAUCGCCUCAAAAUUGUGGGAAUGAUUAUAAAUGAGGCCUUGAGACUUUAUCCACCUGCAGUAUUUCCACGGCGACAGGCAUGUGAGCCAACGAAACUUGGAAGGCUCUCAAUUCCUGCAGGCAUUCAACUUGAGCUUCCGAUCCUGGCAAUUCACCAUGAUCCUGCUUUGUGGGGAAAUGAUGCCAACGAUUUCAACCCAGGGCGAUUUAGUGAGGGAAUUUCAAAAGCUGCAAAGCAUCCAAUGGCAUUCAUGCCCUUUGGAACAGGUCCAACUAUAUGUGUGGGUCAGAAUUUUGCUUUGUUGGAAACAAAAUUAGUUUUGGCCAUGAUUCUGCAAAAAUUUUCUUUUGGCACUUCACCUGCUUAUACUCAUGCUCCUAUGCUUUUAGUUACGCUGAAACCUCAAUAUGGAGCUCAGGUAAUCUUCCACAUGGACUAAAAGCCAAGUUAUCUUUCACAUGGAUAUCUGAAAACAGUACUGCCUAGUAAUUUCUCUAUUUAUAGAAAAUAGUCGUGUACUAGAGCCUCUGUACUUGCUUGAUUGUGAAGUAUAGAGAAAUCUAUCAUCAAGCCUCAAUAGUGUAGAUGUCGAAUAGUACCUCAAAUCAGGAGUGCUGGGAACAAUCACAAUCUCUCAAAAUGUUUUAUAUGUUGAACCGACUGAUAUAAUUAAUAUGGU